AUGUCGCCAGAACCAGCUGCCCACGGACUUGACAAUGGACCUACGGAACUCGAAUUGAACGUCUCCCAGAGUCCAAAUUACACUCUCACUGCGCAUGCUCCCCUCUUUGGACCUGAUAAAUCGACGAGCAGCCUUGUGGACGAAUUCUUCCGUGUUCUUUACCCCGUACCCUCCUUUUCCUUCCUCCACCCACGAACCACUAGAGAGCGCCUGGCCGAAGGCUCUCUGGACGAGGCACUGGUCUUUGCAAUAUGUGGCGCCACUACCUCCCUGCGAUACACGGAGCCAGAGAGCCGAGACCGGAGCCUCUCCUGGAUCUCUAGAAGUGAGGAACUGGUGUGGCAGCAGCUCGAAAGGCCAAGCAUGGCACGACUUCAAGCCUUAAUUCUCUGCAUUGCAUAUCGCACCGCCACUGGCGCUUCGCACAGAGCGUUCAUGCUCGCAGGCCUUGCCGCCAGAGCCGCCGCCGCGAUGAGGCUCAAUCAUGAGAGACAUGAUCUAGACCCGAUCAGCAACGAGGUACGACGGCGCACGCUGUGGUCGCUGAAAAUUCUGGAGCUGUAUUUCUCCAUUGGACUACCGGAGUACGAACUCCUACCCCUUGAGAAUGUCUACCUACAACUUCCGAGCCGCGAAGAGAAUUUUCAGGACAAGGCACCCGCUGUACAGAUGGAAGGCGGUUCCUACAAGCUCUUUGUCAGACUGACUUCGAUACGGAGAGACAUCAUGAAAUUGACUCGCUCCAUCGCUCUCUGCGACGAGCCAUUUCCUCAGCUUCUCAAGUUGGUUCGCAGCCUACAUAAUGAGCUAAGCCAACUCCGCAGUCAAAUGCCGGUGGAUCCAACCUCGGCAAGCACAGGUGUAUUGAGGUGUGUCUCAACCCCAUGGCUGGCGAGGCAUUUGGUGAUGCACCUAUCAUGGCACCAAUGUCGCUGCGACCUCUAUCGCUUACUGCUCAAGGGCUAUCCCGAGGCCGCUCCGCCAAUAGUCCUCGCCGACCUUGACCCGGAUGCCAUGAGUGAUGCGGUCCAGAUGUGCUCAGAAAGUGCUCUGUCGAUGAUCCAAACGCUGUCGGAUGUUAACUUACAUAGCACAGACACUCCCAUCCUGGAAUAUGACACGGCAAUCUGUGGCUAUCACGCCUGCCGGCUUGUGUUGUUCCUUGCACAUGCACAACCUGGUUGUGCCCGAUUUUCGAAGGAGUAUGCCAUUAGUCGAGCAGAGUUGUGUUUGGCCGCCAUCAAGCGGUUUUUCCGGCACUCGACCCCUGCCGGUCCGAUUUUGAAAGACCUCGAAAAUCUGAUAUCCAAGUGCGACACUUCUCCGGCCGAGUGGACUCAUCUCACCUUGAGAUCUUCACCUAGUGAGCAAAGCCGAGAUCCGCUGCUAUCGGAGGUGGCACGAGCAAAACAACGUCUGGCAAUACACAGUCUACUACGACAAGCAGAUUUUGAGGAUGGAGAACCCUCGGCUGUGGUUUCUCCGUCCAGUGUCAGUACCGAGAUCCCCUCGGUACGACAUCGUAAUAUGUACAAGGUUCUAUCGCUGGAACAAGGUCGGGCCAUACGAGCUGACUCGUCCUUGGGCUAUGUGCCACAACCUGAUGCGCAGGUGCAACAAACCGCUGGAUAUGAAGAUGUGCCUGCAUUCUCCUCACAGACACUCUUGUUCCCUUGGUGUGGAUAG